AUGCACCACAACCGCAUCUCCCAAGAAACAGCCCCCUCCCUCUCCACCCUCCAACGCCAGCGUCUCCCCCAUAUCUUCCGCAACCCUUUUCAUUCAGGAAAUCCCCCACCACUGGGUAUACGCGGUAAAAGAGCGUACGUACCCGGGCAGGAAAAGUUGAGAGUGAGAGAUUAUGUGGGGGAGGGGAGGAGGGGGGAUGAGCCGGGGGUUGGGUAUAGGAUUUUGGCUGCGUUGGAUAGGGUUAGGAGGAGGGGAGGGGAGGAGGGGAAGGGGCUGGAGGUGAGGAGGAAUGGCGGUGGGUCAAUGGAGAGUGGGAUGAGGAAGGAGGGGGGAGGGGGAGGGAGGAAAAGAGAGAGUGAGAGGGAGAAGUGGGCUAGGGGGUUUUAUACGCCGUGA